GACACACAAGGCCCUUCCACUGGCGAAGUACACGUUCUCAGCAGUCCGGCGGCAGCCGCGUGUCAGAGCUUUACACCGCUCCACGGCUCAUACCCUCGCGUCCCUUCUUCCUCUAUUGGAAUCUUACACGUCUUGGGUUAUACCCCUGCAGAAGGCGAACAGAAUGUUCCCAUCAUCGUGAAUUUUAAUUGCACUGCUGAUCUCGCUGCUGGGUCCCACAUUCGUCUGGUCGUCGGCCGACGUGCAGUGGGUACCAAGGUCAGUGAGCUCGAACCAGCGGGCUACGGGCAUUGGCAGCUCGAGGCCACGGUUCCCCCGUUCGCCCGGCAUAAUUCUACAUCACCGAACCUGCCUUUGACAAUUCAGGCCUUAACCGAUGAUAGCACGUUACUUGAUUCCGUCACCUUCGGUGAAUUUACAUAUUUAGAACCAGGUAUGAACGAGUCGUCAGAUAGAUCAAGGAGACGAUCCAAGCCGUACAGCCGCACUUCAACACCAGCAUCAUCUUCAGAUUCAGAACCCAGCCAGUCAUACGCGCAAAAAUCAUCGAUACGCCCUCAACCCCAAGCUCAGGGUCUUCGGCGCACGAGACAAGCAGUCGACGCCUUUGACGACGGCGCCCAGACCUGCAACCCUCGAGAUCAUGAUUCUUCUGCUACUAAUUGGGAUGACUUGGAACUGCAAGCCGGUAGGCGCCUUGUGCGCUUCUCUCGCAUCCGGGACGGUCAUAAACUCCUCGUUUCGGCGGAGCGCAUCUCACCAAGCGAGUAUGACGCGAAAGACAUCGUUAUCUCGUGUAUCUACCGCGACGAGACGGACUCUUGCUGCGUUACCUCCGUCGAUAUCAUUCAUUUACUCCAGCGUCUCGUCGCCGCAGAGUUUGUCGUCGAGGAGAAGAAUCGUAUUAGACGGAACCUCGAAGGCCUACGGCCUACCACUGUCUCAAAGUCGCGUCCAGGCUUUGAGAGCUUUUUCCAGCGCAUUAUGGAUUUCCCAGAUCCGAAGCCGCGCAAGAUCGAGAAAGAUCUCAAAGUCUUUGAUUGGAAGUUGCUUCCCCAAGCAUUGGAUAAGAUCAUAUCAAAAUACUCCCUUAGCAACUUCGGGCCCAUCCCCACAAAGGAAAGCAGUCAGUCACUUUUCUAUCAGUCGCCUGUUGCUCGGGAGGCGCCGGGGAUCAACGUACAACCAAAACUAGAGUUCUGUCAGUCGUUUGGCGAUAUCGUUCACUCAGAGGGGUCGCAGGAAUCCCAAACAUCUCAACUCUCACAAUACUCUCAAGCCUCAUGUUCGCGUCAAUCGCCUCAGCUAGAGCUGGAGUCUCCCAUCGAGGAUUCCCUGUUCUAUCAUAUGCCUGAAGAUCAUCUCCAGCCGAUGUACGUGGGCUCAGAAGUACCUGCCAGGUAUUAUCCAAGCCUUGAAUCCACCUACUUUCCCCCGAGCAUGGAUUCUUCGCACGUAUAUCCCUCACACCCCAUGCUUGAAAAUGUUCCUUCAUCACCUAUAUCACCGCUUAGCGCUUAUCAGCACCAUACGACGUGGGAUUUACAAAGUCUAGGCAACUCUUCAGGUGCACCUGCCGAUCAUCAGCAGCGCCCUGCUUUUGAAUGCAUUCCUGCCCAUGAGCCCCUCGAUAUGUACUCCAUUCCCCAAUACGCCAUGCACACCUACGACUCGUUUGAAUUUCAGACGUUACGAGAGCACAGCAUGAAUGCUACCUUGGCUAGUUGACAGGUUGCAUGAUCGUUCAUUCGAAAUCCCAGCCGAGUUGUACAUUAUCCUUGCGUCAUCAUCUAUGUGCUCUAUCCUAUCUUUAUUCUAUCUUGUCCCCCACUGUAUCAUCACUCUUUUCGUCUCUGGAGAGCCACGUUUUUAUAUUCGUAUGGCCCGUUGUAAUUAGCGUUAUACCUCCCCUAGUU